AUGUCUCUUAAAGUAGACAAGGAACUUCAUUCGUUACCCAGAGUCUUGAGCACAGCUCCUGGCGCGAGGCCGACGCCCCUGGCACCUUCGUCCACUGGUGACCGAGUUGAUAUGGAAUCCCCUAUUCCAACUCUAGUCCUCGAAAAGUUUCCAUCGUUCACAGAGCUUGCACUUAUUAGUGCCUGGCAUGAUGCUACCGCGGCGCGGCACGUUCGCUUUCAGCGCCAGCCAGUACCUCGUGGCCAUCUGCGUUCUGCCCCACCACCAACUUCAGAAGCAGAGAACGUUUCGGUAAGCACUUCAGGUGAAAAGUACAACGCAUCUAUGUCCGUACCUCGGAAACGACGGGGAUUGUUCGCGAGAAAACAGCCAGUAGAUUCUCAGAAAUUAGAAGAGAAAGAGCCGAAUAUAUCAAUGCCUAUCCGCUCCCACGACUUCUUGAACAGAGCCAAAGCAGCAAGGUCAACGCCCAACCUGAACGCAGCUGCCAAAGCUGGUGCACAAAAGGCUUCUUUUUCUGUGCAUCCCAUUCCGCACGAAGCCACUGCUUCUACCCCCAUGCUCACGCAGCCCACCAAUGCCCCUGUCAAUCAGCUCGAUGAAGUUUCACAAGCACUGGGAAUUGACGUGAAUGAUGGAGGUAUCUAUCUCACUUUCGAUCCAGACUGGAGAUCCUCCAGUGGCGAAGCCGUCCUUACUUUCUUGUCGCCAAUUCCUGACGAGACACCAAGCUCUCCCCUCGUUCACCGGCGCCGCUCCUUUCAGUCUUUCCUCUGCGUUGAAAAUUGA